AUGGACGCCAUCACACCAGCAGUGCUACUUCUAAAUCUGCCACCCUCGGCUCUGGGCGGCAUGGACCUACUCUCCUUCACCACAACCCCCAAAUUCCAAGGCAUCAAAAACAUACCUCCUGGAUUGCAUUUUGUCUUUGUUGGUUCAACCAGCACACUCUCUGUACGACAUGGCAUCUGGAUCAAGGUGACAGCACAAUCUUCCGGACCUCCAGAUUUGUUCAUCCGCAAGUGGGAUACCGGCAGCGAAGAACUAUUAGCAGAGACCAAUGUCGCCACAAUCUUACAACAACGAGCCAACCUAGGCAGGAUCUGGAGAGAUAACUUGACGCCGUAUCGACAAAGCGCUUCUCAGGACUCUGUAGCUUCAGAAGAGACGAAUAAAUGGGUGCAACUAACAGACUGUAUAUCUGAAGCACUUCUGGCGCGUGUGUUGGAUACAGAUCCCCAGACUUGGACACUCACGUCAUCCUCAAGCGCCAAACAAGACUUCGACGACAUCCCAGGGCUCUCCGCCUCCGAUCUCACUGGCAACGAGCGUGAGUUGCGUGUUCUACCCGUCGACCUCAAGCAAACAUGGCGAGCAGGAGCCACCGGACGUGAACGCACCGAAGCCGCCCAAGAUCGCUCAUGGGCACUCGCGGACCUCAGCGAACGCUUCUGCAACAACGACAUGGACCAAAUCAUUGGCGAGCUACAAUUCUGCUUCGCCAUGGUAUUGACAUUGAACAACUAUUCAUGUCUGGAACAAUGGCGCAGAAUCCUCGAUCUCAUCCUCACCUGCGUGAGUGCAGUGACAAAACAUCCAAACUUCUUCGUCCGCGCCCUUGCAACGAUAAAACUUCAACUCCAACACGGUCAAGAUGUUGAAACCGGUCUUUUCGAUCUCAGUGACGACGGCGCCACAUUCCUGAAGUCUCUUCUGCUACGUUUCAAGAAAGUCUUAGAUCGACUUCCAGGAAACGCACACGAGGAUGUGGUAGACGAACUCGACGACCUCCUUGCCUACACCCAAGAAACUCUAGGCUGGCAAAUUCAACAAGGCUCUUUCGCGCGAACAGGAAUGUUGCAUCUCGAAGACGGUGAAGAGGUUGAAAUGGACAAUACAGCCUUUGACGAAGACGAUGAAGCUGGCGAGUAUGCGCCAACUAUCGUCGAGCUGUCAGCCGAGCAGAUGAAACUACUCGGUAUCGAUGAAUCGGUACAGCAAGUCAUGAACGGCAACAAGACGCCUAAUCUGCGUGACCGCCUGCAAAAGGAUCAGUUGGAUGCCGGGCGUGAUAGCUAUCAGUAUGAGGUGCAGAGUGACGAGGAGUCGGAAAAGGAGGUCACGAAUUUCGACGAUGAUGACGAAGAGGAAGAGUUGGAUCUUGAAGACAUGGAUGCUAGAUACUGA